GUCGCAGGAAGCUGCUCGGUGGGAAACAAGCGGAGAUGUGGCUUCUGACGGUGCUGCUGCCUCUCCUCAGGCUCUACCUCUGCGGGGCCAAAGUGCUCUUCUAUCAGAUGUUCUACAAAUCGUUCAAACUACCAGGUACUCAGUAAGUGAAGUCAAACGAUGGAGGGUAAAAGUUCAGGACCUUCGUGCUCCGGCCUCAAUCUGGUCGCACACCCACGAGCCAAAAGCAAAGUGUGGAAAUACUUUGGCUUUGACACGGAUGCAGACGGCUGCAUUCUGCACUGGAAACGGAUUUACUGUCGAGUUUGUAUGAGUCAGAUUGCUUACUCUGGAAACACGUCCAAUCUGUCGUACCACCUGGAAAAGAACCACCCGGUCGAGUUCAGUGAGUUUGUGAAGAGCAACGCUGAUCCGAUGCGUGGGGCGUUCGCCACGGCGUUCUCCAGAAUAAAGACUGAACCUUUAGUUGUACACGUCCAGCAACAGCCGCAGGACUUAAACUUCAGGCAGAGCUUACACUACGAAAACAGACGACACAAUGAACUGACCAAUGCUGUUGUUAACUUCAUCUGCGAGGGGUUGUACCCUGCAUCGGUUGUAGAGGAGCGUACCUUCAAGACCUUAAUGAGUACCAUCGACCCCGGGUAUUCUCCUCCAAGCAAAACCGACCUGGCAGCUAAGAUGCUUCCUCAGAUGUACAAACGUACCCAGCAUGUGGUCUUUGGUGAGCUUGCGGGGGUUGUGAACUGUGGCGUGACUACAGAUCUUUGGCAAAGUCAAACCCAGAACCGAACGUACAUUUCUCUCUCUUUACAUUCAGUCAACUUCAACAGUACAACUGGAUUCUCAAUGACGGACAGGUGCCUGAAAACUUUUGAGGUACAAGAGGACAACACAGCCGAGAACAUCACCAGAGGGAUGUACGAAGCCUUUGUCGAAUGGGGGAUAACCCACAAAGUCGUCGGUGCCACCACGAAUGGGUCAGUGGACAUCGUCAAAGCGUGCUCGCUCCUGGAACUAUCUGUGGAAAUGCCGUGUCUCGGACAUACUGUCAAUCGAGCGAUGGAUGAAGCCUUCCAGCUGCCGCAAGUAGACAGCUUCCUGGGAUGUUGCCGCAAACUUGUCGAUCACUUCCGAGAACCGGCGCUGUAUCUGCUGAGGGACAAACAAAGGCGGCAUGGCCUCGCUCAGUGUGCACUCAUCACGGACAGGGGGAGGUCUUGGUUGACCACAUUGGCCAUGUUGCAAAGGCUGAAAGAGCAACAGGUUGCUGUUACUGCGACACUCGUAGAGAGCUCCAGCAGCCAUCAUUCCAGCGUUGAUAGUCGCCACUGGUCCUUGUUGGACGGCUUGAUCGGAGUCCUCCAGCCUUUCAAAGUUGUGGCAGACAUGAUGAGUUCGUGCAGGUACCCGACCAUCAGCAUGGUCCGUCCGGUGCUUCACAUGCUGCUGAACACCACCCUCAAGGUGAAGGAAGGGGACCUCAAAGAGAUCAGCAUGACCAAAGAGGUCAUCGCAAAGGUUCUAUCAGGCACCUAUUCCCAGAAUUCACAGCUCUCCCAAGAGAUCUCAACAUUCCUAAACGUUGCUACCUUCCUGGAUCCACGGUACAAAAAACUGCCCUUCCUGUCGGCUCAGGAUCGCACUAAGGUCGAGAACAACAUCAUCGAAGAGGCUAAAGCUGUCCUUGAGAAGCAGAUUGCAGAGCGACCAUGCUUGGAUGAGUUCUCCUUGGUAUCCGACGAGCCACCAACCAAAAAACCAACGAGAGAGGCUUCAUCCAGCAGCGUUUCCCAGGACAACCCUUUGGCAGCCAUAUUCUGCCAGUCCGAUUCAGACCAGAGCCAUGAGGAGCUGCAUGCACAGGUCAUAGAGGAGCUGAGCAACUACAAAUCCCAAAGAGUCCUCGGUCUGAAUGAGGAUCCCUUACUGUGGUGGUCCAGUCACGCGCCUUUGUUCCCAACGCUCCCAAAGGUGCUCCAGAAGUACUGGUGUGUUCCCCCCAUGAGCGUCCCCUGUCACAGGCUGUUCAGCUCCUCGGGAGCGGUCCUGUGUGGGAAAAGGAACCAGUUAUCUCCGGCUCUGGUAGAUCAGCAGGUCUUCUUAUACGAGAACUCAAGGAACUACUAUGAGCCUGAACCCUGUGAGGACGAUUCAGACGGAGCAUCGCAGGGAAACUCAAGUCUGGGUCAGCCUCUGGAAUGACUGUGUGCUUAAAACUUUAAAACUGACUCACUUAAAAAAGUAGUCACUUUAACAGGCGUUAGGAUGCAAAUGUAAUGGAUCUGUAAUAUCUCACUUUAUUGGACUGUUUGCGAAUUUUCUCUAGAUGCUUUAUUUUGAAGUAAUUGGACGCCGAUCUAACAUCUAUGCAUUAAAAAAAUGCUUCUUCUUAGCCUUAAGGUCGGGUUCAGGUAAGAAACAUAACAGCCAUAAUAUCUUUAUAACAGGCUAAAACUCUACAAUCAAAUGUUCUUAAAAUAAAUUCACGUUUGACUGUU